UCUGCUCAUCUUAAUCCCAUUCCAAGUGGCUACCCUGGGUAGAAUAGCUCGUUGGGUUCUUUUUCAGAAGUGCUUGAGCACGGGAGCACUUGGCUGUGGGGGAAGCUGCAAGAAGGGGAGCGAUGUAAAGCCUUAGGAAGAGAGAUGGGGGCCUGUCCCCCUGCGUAGGCAGUGAGCGAUCAGCAGUGCUCCUCCAUCUUUUGUUUGUAGGGACGUGCAACGUGAAGAGGGGAGGUUUCUCUGCCUGGCUUUUGAUCUCCUCUGUGAGCGCUCAAGGGAGGCCCGACCUGGGAUGGAUUAUUGACCUGAGCAAAGCUAUGUAUCUGGAUUACCUUUGGUGUGUUAACUUUAAGCAAGAGGGAUGACUCAGGUGCCUGCUGACUACCAGUCCACCACCAGCUCCUACAACUAUGAUCAGCCCCUUCCCUCCGUGGCUCGGACAAGCACUGUCACCCAGGUACCCCCGGCCAAAAAAAUAACCUUCUUCAAGAGUGGGGAUCCUCAGUUUGGGGGAGUGAAGAUGGCCAUCAACCAGCGAAGUUUCAAGAGCUUCAACGCACUCAUGGAUGACCUCUCUCAUCGGGUCCCACUGCCGUUUGGGGUACGGACCAUCACCACCCCACGAGGAAUACAUUGCAUUAGUGAGCUGGACCAGCUGGAGGAUGGAGGAUGCUACCUCUGCUCUGACAAGAAAUACGUCAAGCCUAUUAGCAUAACUUCUGCUGGACACAGGCCAGGCCCUCCUCGAAACAGUCGUCCAUCCAGUACCUUGAGAAGAGCAGCUCAAGAGGGCAAGUUUGAAGAUUAUUCCACGCCUUUCACUCAGCAUGGCCCCAGAAUACCCAAGAAAAUCACUCUUGUUAAGAAUGGAGAAACCAGUUUUCGGCGCUCAAUUAUCUUGAACCGCAGAAAUGCUAGGAGUUUCAAAACACUCCUCGAUGAGAUUUCAGAGAUCCUGCAAUUCCCAGUGAAGAAGCUCUACACUGUUGAUGGGAAGAAGAUUGACAGCAUGCAGGCUCUGCUUCACUGCCCCAGCGUGCUGGUGUGCGUCGGCCGAGAGCCAUUUAAACCUGUGUCGAUGGAGAAUUUGAGGAAACACUCGGUGGAGAAGCUGCCCGAUCUGGCUCCCUGUUCCAACAGCAACAAUGUUAACGAAAACAAUGAAAAAAAGUCAUAUCCAAAUGGUCUCGCUGCCUCACCAGAUACUGGCAUGUCUUUCUCAAACAAUUGUUCACAUCCAAAGCCUGGUGAGCUGGUCCAUUCCUUGGUCAAUGAUGACAUAGAGAAACGGGUACAUGUAAACAAGGAUGGUAGCUUGUCCGUUGAGAUGAAAGUCCGCUUCCGCUUGUUAAAUGAUGAGACUUUGCAAUGGUCCACCCAAAUCAGAAAGUCAAAUCUGAUGAACCAGAUGCCUUGUGAAGAGUCAGGUGUAGAGGACAGUGGAGUAGACCCUAUACAGAAAAUGAACCCAGAAGCCAGCUCGGAGGCAGAUGAUUCAUUAUACCCCUGUGAUGUCGAUUCUUACAUGUCAAAACUUGAGGAAUCAGAAUGUGAUGAGGCUCAUUGUCAUAGCUGUGGCAAGAAACACCAGGACUAUGACAUCUGGAAAAACCCCAUGCACACUUCCCAGAGGGAAGAGCCCAGUGUACGGAGCACCUGGCACACGCGGUCAUCAUGCUCCAGCACAUCUUCCCGGAGGAGAGUAAUCCACAAAAAAAAAGGUGCUUCCAAUGGAGAAGACCAGCAAGAAUACACCCAGACUAGCACAAGCAAUAGUCAGAGGCCUUCAUCUGUGGGCUUGGUAUCACAUUCAAGCUGUGAAAAUAACCUGGAUACUCAAGAAGCCCCCGAAGACUAUGAGGCCAGUAAAACCAACUCACAAAAGGAAGAUGAAAAUUGUUUUGAAGUUUCCUCUGUGAAGUGCUUAAAGCAUGAUGCAGAGGAGGUUGAAAGCAGCAGAGCUGGGAGUGUCAUAUCAAAGUCAUCUCUGCAGUCCAGACAGAGCAAGAAUAUAUGUGAGGAAACAAGUAGCAUGGGCAGGACCAUGUCCUCCUCCAGCCUUCAGAAGGCAAAUCAAGAAGAUAACACUAUGUGCUCCACUCCUGCCAACAGUGUGCACAGCAGGUCUACUAAUUGUAGUACACCAAGAGCAAAGAGUGAACAGGAUGACCACUCAGAAGACAAUGCAGUGGUCUCCUCCUUCUCCAGUGAGUCCUGCCCUAAGAAAGAAGCUGAGGAGGUUGAACAAGAAGACAAUGAAAUCAAUGAAGUCAGCUCGGUUUCAACAAAAACAAAGCACAGCCAAUCAGUUAGAGAUGAGAGCAGUGAAGGUGAACAAUGCUCUACACGAGGCACCCCCCAUUCCAUAGCUAGUGACAGGAACAGCAGGAAAAGUGAUAGUGAUGAGAUCAUUCAGUGCAAUGCCUCUUGCUCUUCCAGGGGGUCCAAAAAGAGCAAACACAGCCAUCUUCAUUUGGAUGCACGAUCUGAAAUGUCUGUGUCUUCAUUUGAAUCCACUCAGAAUAAAAAUUCUUUACAUGCAGAAGAUCUAAGAUCAUGCAGCAGGGUAUCUAAUUACUCCAAAAGCUCAUGUGAAAUCAGGAAAAAAUCUAUUGCAGACCCCAUGUCUCAUAAUUCAGGGUCUUUUCACUCAAACAUUUCAUCUACUAGUGAAGCAGAGGCAAUUGCUGUUAUUACUGAGGAGAAAAGCUCAAAAAGUACCACCAAGGGGUACAGUGAAUCCUCAAAAGGCUCAAAGAAGAAAAGUCAUGGAGAAGAAAGUAGCAAGCCAUCAUCUCCCUGCUCAAGUGUUUCAAGCCCUAAUGGAAAAGCUGGAGAGGGUCAUUACAAGAUGUAUUCAGAGGUCCCUUCUUCAAGACAUGGAAGUAUAAGUGAGAGUGUGUGUUCAAAAGGUGACCACUCAGCCGAGACUGGGAUUAGGAAUGGAAAUCCUGCAAGUGUCAGUUCAAGAAUCUCUUCAAAGUCAGAAGGAAAAGACAAAUUCUUGUUGACACAGAUAUCCCAGGAAAGUGAUGACAGAUGCUCACAAUCAAAUAUAUCUCAGUCUUCAAAAUCGAGGCAGAUUAAAACCAGAAAUCUUCAUGUGAAGACGUCAAAUUCCAGCAGAGUUUCACUGUCAGAGACUGUGUCAAUAUGCAGUAUGCAUUGCCCUGCCCCACCAAAAGGGAAGCCAAACAGCAAAAAAAUACGAUCAGCCAUCUUGAAGAACUCCUCCAUUAGCAGCAUAGGUACUGAGUCAGUGCUUACCACAGGAAGACAACAGAAAGAAAUUGUAGAUUCCUCCAAACCAACUUCCUUUGGAUCUAAAUUAGUUGCAACCAAGGCAAACGAUCAGAAGAAUAAAGAGCUUGGUGAUUCUUGCAAUGGAAAAGUGGAGGAAGUGUUAGAAGACACGGGAAUACAGGAGGAAUUGAGUGAUUUAAUGCCAUCUAUUUUGCCAAACACAUCUCCAGAAGAAGUUGUGCAAGAAUGGCUAAGUAAAAUCCCUUCAGAAACAUUGCUUAUGAAAUAUGAAAUGGAGGAUGGUGCAGAAGAAGAAUGCACAGAAGCAGCCACUGAGGUGUCAUACUGCACAAAUGCUGAGGAAAUCUCAGAGGAUGAAAAAGCUGAAAAAAAGAAUGGGGAGGAAGCUGAAAAUGAGGCAGCGGAUGAAGUGGAGAAAGAGACAGCAGAAGUCACAUCUGUUAAUGAAGGGGCUGAAGAGUGUGUGAAUCAGGAACAAAACUCCGAGAUGUUGUCCGAAGCUGCCAAGGCCGACCAAGCAGAAUGCAGCCGGUCAGUUACAUCCAGCCAUAAUAACAACAGAAGAGACCUGCCAGUCUCUGUCCAGACUUCUGUCCAGAUCAUGAAGGCCUUGCUCAGUUCAAAACAAGAAGCAAAAUUUGACCGAUCAAACAGCUUGCCUGAAGUGUCCCCCACCAUGGGGAGAAAGCUGAGUAAUUCUGCCAACAUCUUGAUUACUUGUCUUGCCAGUCUCCAACUCCUUGAUGAAGAGUCAGAAGAUCCAUCAAAUAAAUCAAAAUGUUUAAAUAAGCCAAGGUAUAUGGAGCUGCUAAACAUUUUUCAAGCUCUGUGGUUUGGACACACAGCUGAAAAUAGUGGUCCAAGCUCAGGCCAAGAAGCAAGUGAGCAGGAAAGGACAGCUUGUGGGUUUAAAGCCCCCAAAUCUGUAGAUGAUGACUUCACUCCCAUGUCCUCCUCUGGGGUGGAUGUUAGCAGUGGUUCUGGUGGCUCAGGAGAAGAGAGUACAGCUGGUGCCAGGGACUGCAAUUUAUCAGCACAGAAAACUGUUGAAUUAAAAUCAGAUGGGCAAGUGGAAAAUGUAGAGACUGCCACUGAACAGAUAGAGGCUGAGGAGCAGAGUAAAAAGGAAGAGCAUUCAUCUCGACCUUCAACAGCCUGCUCAAAAUCAAAAGGUGAGGAAAAAGCACAAUUUACUAGAGAGGACUCUGUAAAUCAGGAGGCAGAAGAGAAUAAGGAGGAUCAGUGCAGUAACUGUGAAAAUGGUCAGGAGGAAGGGGGAGAAAAUGAAAACGAGGAAGAUAUCAAAUUACUUGAAAAUGGAGAACAAGAAGUUCUUGCUGAAGACGUUGAAGCUGUAAAUGAAGCACUCCCAAAAGAAAAUCUUGAAGAGACAGCUGAUCAGCUAGCUACUAACAUUGGUGCAAAUGUCAGUGAUGCUGACUGUGGGACAAAACUGAAAGAUGAUUUGGAAGAUCAUCUUGGAAAAGAGUCUGUAAAGGAUCCAGAGCCCAAGGUCAAUAUGGCCACCAGUGUGGGCACAUCCCUUGCCCAGCAGAACUCAAUGGAUCCAGACCCAAUCUGGGUCCUGAGACUACUAAAAAAAAUUGAAAAGGAGUUCAUGGCUCACUAUGUCAAUGCUAUGAAUGAAUUCAAAGUCAGGUGGAACCUGCAGAACAACCAGCAGAUGGAUGAAAUGAUACUGGAGCUGAAGAAGGAAGUGAGCAAAAGGAUACAAAAAAGCAUAGAGAAGGAGCUGAAGAAGAUCAAAAGCAGAGCUGGGGCCAAGAUGCCAAGACCUCCAGAUGAACCACUCAGGCGUGAGUCAACACUCCAAACCGAGCAAAGGAGACGACGAUUGCAGACUAUGCAUAAAAAAUCACUCUUCAGUGACAAGAAUGGAACCCAGAGUAGGCUGGCUGACACGUCAGACUUAUCAUUUGAUGCAGAUGAAGAUACGGUAUUUAGUGCAGCUUUUGAGGCCAGUAUUAGUGAACAACCAAGAGAGGAGGAAUACUGCCCAUGUGACACUUGUGUGAGGAAAAAAAUGUCUUCCAAGCCCGCAAAAACCCCAGUGGUGGCUAGCAAUGCCCCAGUCAUGAAAGCAUUUGAUUUACAGCAGAUCCUGAGGGGGAAGAAAAAUGAUCCUGAGGAAGCCUGUAUCUCAGAAGCAGCACAGGACAGCAAAGCACUUGCCAGCAGUUAUGUGGAGGAAGCAGCAGAAAACACCAGUCCAAAUGAGGAGAUUGAUGAGGGUGAACUUCAGUUAGGUGAAAUGGAAGUGGAAGGGAAUGAAGAAAAGGAGACAGUAUUAAAUGAAGAGGAUGGCUCAACGUUGAAUGAAGAUGUAGAAGAACCAAAAUCAGAGAGUCAAAACUGUGAGAUGGAGGAUGAGGUUAAGGAUGAAGAAACCAAUGAAGAAGAAAACGGGGAAACAGAAGAAGAUGAGAAGGAAGCAAACGGGGAAGAGGAAGAGAAAGAAGAAGAAAUGCAAAAUGAAGUGCAGGAAGCCAAAGAAGAGUCCAAAGUUGAAGAUGAAACUUACAACAAAGCUGAAGAAACACAGGAGCCAGAGGGUGAGGACAUUGGGGCUGAUGAUGAGGAGGAGACAUCUGAAUGUAGAGGAGAUGCUGAUUGCAUGACUGAUGACAAUCCUGAAGGAAAUGUUGCAGAAGGAAAUGAAGAAGCUGAGCAAGAUGAGGCUGAAGCAGUGGAAGAUGCAAAUUUGAAGUCAGAAGAUGAGACGUGCUCAGCUGAGGAAGAAAACAGUGAAGGUGGUGACAAAUAUGAGGAAAAUGAUGAGGAACCCACUGGUGAUGAUCCUGACCAGGUAAACAAGAAACAUGAAGAGAAUGGCAACAGCAAGUCUUCUGAGAGAGCCAGAGGCAAGAAAACCAGCAAAAGGCUAAAGACUCUGAGCAAAGCAGUUGUCUUUUUCCGUUAUUCUUCUGUGGGAAAGUUCUCACAGCAAUCCCAGAAGGGGUCCGAUGAUGAAAGUGAAGCGGAAUGCAACGAUAAUAAUAAAUCCAUGAGCAACCACCCCAAUGGAGAGGUUCAAAGUGAUGAGAGCAGCAAACCUUCAAAGAUGUAUCCUGAUAGUGAGGAGGAAGAAGAAGACAAAGCAUCUUCAUACACUGAUCCUCUGGGAGAUGAGGAACAGGCAGAUGCUGAAGGUGCAGAUCCAAAGGAGGAUGAACAUACUGAUGAGGUUCAGGCUAUUAAAAAGAAAGAAGACUCUGAUGAGAUUGACCAGGAUGACCUGGACUUCUAG